AUGAUGGGCAACGCAGAGCAGCUGGCGACUCGCGUCAAUCCGACAAGCUGCCUACCUCGCAUCAAAGACGAGCCCCCAUUUGUCGACAUCUUCUUGGCGCUCGCACAUCUGGCAAACCUCUACUCUCCACAAUCCUUAACUCGCAACGAGACCAGCUACCGAGCCUCUAUCGACAACAACACGAGCAAUGGCAGUGAGCACGAUGCGCUGGCAUAUCAGGAUGCUCUCGACUCGGCCAAAGUAGACGACAAUGAAAAGCGCUAUGCCAUGAACUGGCUCACCCGCUUGAUCGGCAGCAGCCUUUACUGGAUCAACGACGAGGGAGACGUCACCUCUGCUGAUGCUCUUCUCGACUUAGCUGGCCGAAUCCUUGGUGGACAUGCAAGCUUGGAGGAAGCUGGCGCUAUCUCUCGCGAGUUUCGCUUCCCACUUAAGGAACUGGUCUCGAUUUCAGAGGCUGAUGCUCUCGCUCACCCAGCCGUAGAUUUGCCGGAAACAGUGGAGAUCGUGCUUCGCGAUGACCCUCUUCCACCUUCACAUUCAAAGUCAGAAGCCAACACGCAAAAUGAAAUUGGAUCGAGUCAAGAUGCCGCCGCAGCUGUCGGCGUUCAGACGUGGGGAGCGGCGAUCGUCGUCAGUGAUGUCUUGAUCCGACAUCCCACACUUUUCCAUCCUGCUCUAGCUUAUUCGUCUGGUCAGCGUGUAAGGAUAGCGGAGCUUGGCGCUGGUACCGGGCUGCUUGGAAUGGUCGCUGCAAAGAUGUUGCAGCAACGCAACAUCGCAGCCGACGUAGUGCUCACAGACUACCAUUGCAAGGUGUUGCAGAAUCUCAAAUACAAUGUGCACGAGAAUUUCCCUGCAUCAGAGGUCAAUGCAGGAGCAUCACAUGGCUGCGGCCCGGUCUCAGUGUCAGUGGAGCAUCUCGACUGGCUUCAAGUCCAUGAGAAGGUUACGCAAGGCAUCGCGGAGGAGGAUUUUGUAAGCCCCCCCAAGCACGAUUUGCUGCUGCUUGCCGACGUGAUCUACGCCCCCGAACAUGCUCUCUGGAUCCGCUCUUCGAUCGAGACACUGCUUCGCAAGCCUUCUCCAAGCGAAACCGUGGGAAGUGAGCCUCGGGCACACAUCAUCAUGGCCGUUCGUGACUCAGGCAAGUUCGAGGGCCUUUACAAGACCGUAGAGGACGCUUUCAGGCCUCGAGCUCGUUCCACAGAUGUGCCUUCGCUCAGCGCUUCGAGCACCGUGACGCCUUUUGAUACCAUGCCGGGAACACCUGCACAAAUGGCAGAAUCCCCAGCAAGCGACAGUCACAAGGGAAGCACGAAGCAUAGCGACCUCUUGCAUUCACGCAUGGAAGCCAUCUCACUGCGUGAAACGCAUAAGGUAAAGAGGCAUUCCGCGGAACUGACCAUCUUGAAGCGACGCAGGCUCGAUAAGCGCUCUAGCGUGGGUCGCAACGAUGAGCAAGAGUAUCUCUGGUUCGAGAUCGGUUGGUCUGCGUAG